AUGAUUUUAAUUUCAUUUAAGCAUAAUAUUAUCAUUUAUCAUCAUCAUCAUCAUCAUCAUCAUCAUCAUCAUCAUCAUCAUCAUCAUCAUCAUCAUCAUCAUCAUCAUCAUCAUCAUCAUCAUCAUCAUCAUCAUCAUCAUCAUCAUCAUCAUCAUCAUCAUCAUCAUCAUCAUCAUCAUCAUCAUCAUCAUCAUCAUCAUCAUCAUCAUCAUCAUCAUCAUCAUCAUCAUCAUCAUCAUCAUCAUCAUCAUCAUCAUCAUCAUCAUCAUCAUCAUCAUCAUCAUCAUCAUCAUCAUCAUCAUCAUCAUCAUCAUCAUCAUCAUCAUCAUCAUCAUCAUCAUCAUCAUCAUCAUCAUCAUCAUCAUCAUCAUCAUCAUCAUCAUCAUCAUCAUCAUCAUCAUCAUCAUCAUCAUCAUCAUCAUCAUCAUCAUCAUCAUCAUCAUCAUCAUCAUCAUCAUCAUCAUCAUCAUCAUCAUCAUCAUCAUCAGAUGUUAAGAUUCACGUGA